ACAGCGACUCCAAGGCAGCUGCACGGCGGGAUUUUCUGUGCAGUUUAUAACAGAUGUGUGCGAUUUCCUAAAUCACUUUAUUAUUUGCGCUACAUUUUAAAUCCUGGAUCCAUGUUAAAUGUUUAAAUUAAAGAUGGGGAAUUUGAGCCGCCUAUUACAAUUCGACACUAUUUACACCUGUUCGAAAAGUAGAUUGUAAUUAGAAUGAUGGUAUGAAAUGCUGUAUACUCUUGAAGGAAAAGGUCGUACAUUUCUGCCGCUGAUAUGUCCGUCAGAAAAGAAGUAUUCCAGUCCAAGGUCCUACAACGACUGUAUCCUGCAGCCCAAGAGCAGAGCAUGCUGCAACCUGCUGCCCAGGAGCCAAGUAUACUUGCCCCUGUGCCAUCUGUGAAAAGACCUCAGUUCAUCCCGCCAAAGACGUCAGGUCAUGAGAAAAGUACAGCUGUACAAGGCAAAAAGCUCUACACUGUUCUUCCUCCUCCUGAAGACUACCUCAUUAAUAGUGAGGAAGAUUCGGUCGCACCAUCCAAUCCAGAUCCCAUUGAAUCAGAGGAAAGCCCAGCUGAUGCUGAUGACCAUGAGUUACAUAAGAGGAAAAGGAGAAGAAAGAAAAAAGUGUUUCCCAGAACCACAGAGGAAGUAUCCACCCCUCCAGCAGAGGGUGCUGUACUGAGCCAGACUCAUGCUGCACAUCCUAGUAAUGAAGGGGACACUGCAAGCUUAGUCCACACAGAGCAGCUCAGCAAGAACAGAAAGAGGAAGAUGAAGAAAAAACAUCACAAAGAGAAAGUCAAAGCUCUUGGAUUGGUUCCUCGAGCAAGAGCCGUUGAAUUCACAUACACACAUGGUGGAGAUGGAAAUUUAGAGGAGGUGUUGAACUUCCUUCGUACCACACAUGAGGUCUACCUCUCUGAUCUCAAGUCCUCUGGCUCCUGUGUAGAAAGUGGUCCCUCUCUUUCCCUCAUUGCAGCAGAGGCUCUGUUUACCCGUCUCUCAGGCAGGACACUGCCCUCUGUGGAGAUCUCUAGGUUAUGUGGACUUAGGGCUGUACUGGUGAAGAAUGAAGGGCAGUUAAAAUCACAGCUGCAAGAAUUCAGACACACAAGCACAUUACCUGCAGAUGAGGUUUCGGUAGUCUGCACACUUAUUGAGUAUUGGCUGGCAGAGAUUCUGCCCAUGCAGAGACAACAGAGGACAUGACGCCCCCAGAUUCAGCGCCUGAGAGGAAAAAGACUGUGAAUAACCAGCAGGUCUCUGAUUGUAAUAUCUCAUUACGAAAGAGAUCUUCAGUCAUGCUGUUUUAUAGUCAAGGAAACUCUGGAUCAAUCAGCUUCAGCAACAAUUUGGAUUCCUUUUGAAGAUGUAGAAUGAUGUACUCUUGCACUGACAUUAAUAAUUACUUUAAAAGAUAUUUUUACACUCUCUGCUGCUCAUUCUUUCUACACAUGGCACCAGUACACUCCCAGAGAAGUAUAUAACUGCAAGACUCUGAAGUAUUGUUAUUGGCCGUGACUCUUUCAACGGUCUUCCUCAGCUAAUUAUGAGGAGUCUGUGGUUUAGCCUCUUAGCGGCUAAUUGUCUUAAGAUCAGAGCGUCAGCAGCUCCUCGCUGAUCUCACAGCCUGUUUGGAUCAUGACAUUUAAGCUUUUAUGCACUGGACUGCUUGUAAACAUCAUUUACCCAAACCAGUGCCUCAUGUUUUCGAUUCAAUGAGCAACUUUGAGCCAUCAAUGUGACAAGCCACUGGGA